AUGGGUAACCAAGCGUCAAUAGAAAAAGGAGAAGAAGCUGAAAUUAAAGAAUUUUAUCGAAGGCAGAUGCAAAACGAAAUCGCCCUUAGGAAUCUUUGGUUCGAAAAAAAACGGGCAUUCAAGUUGGCGGCUUUGCGAGAAAGUUUUUCUUGGGAGGCAGUAGCAGCGGCAACCGUGGUUUUAUCUUUAACAUACUUCGCUUCAGUGCAUAAAAACAGAUUGAUCUCAGUCGGUAUACCACCAAUUGUGAUGGCCAUUGGCUAUCGAUAUGAUAUGUGUUUUGGUAAUCUGGAAAAAAAUAUUCGCUGUUCGCAAAUUUAUUAG